AAGCGCCACCUAGCGGUAGAUUACUGUAGUAGAGCACCUGCCGGUUGUCUGCUAGUGACUGCUUGUUCAGCAGGUAGUCCAAAGUUCAUUUGUGUGCUCAGGACAUCAUCAUUCCAUGAAAAAAAUAGACCUGACUUUCGACAGCUUCGAAUUUCAACAUGCUGAGGACAAUUGCUACAAGACCGUUAAAUGGUCAGUGUGGACAAUCUUUGAAAAAAGCUGCAACUUAUGAAAAGUCUCUGAAAAUAAGUUCUGUGGGCACAAAGAAGUUAUACAGCACUGCUCCUGAUGAAAAAGAGUACCUUCAUAGAAGUGUCUUACCAACAUACCACUUUCAGAAGAGUUUGUUACGGUUGGGGAUCCCAAAGUUGGAAAAAACUUGUGAGAGGUAUCUGAAAGCUCAGAAACCUCUCUUGUCACCAGGAGAAUAUUCUCAGACUGAAACAACGGUGCAAAGCUUUCUUCAAAAUGAAGGGCAAGAACUCCACCAGGAAUUGGUCGCCAAUGACAAGAGCAAUAAACAUACAAGUUAUAUAUCAGGUCCCUGGUUUGACAUGUAUUUAAAGGACAGGUCACCGUUAGUGCUCACACACAAUCCAUUUGUAGUUUUCAACAACGAUCCACGGCCAGAGUACAAUGACCAGCUUGUGAGAGCAACAAACAUGAUAGCAUCAUCAGCUCGGUUCAUGAAAACUUUAAAAGCAGAAGUUUUGGAGCCGGAAGUCUUUCAUUUAAAUGCAGCUAAAAGUGACACCCCACAGUUCAGAAAGUUUACCAGGCUUCUGCCUCAGUCUGUUGCAUCGUAUGGGGCUUACUGGUACAAGGCCUUCCCCCUGGAUAUGAGUCAGUAUGGCCGACUGUUCAACUCCACCAGGAUUCCCAGACCUGAGAGAGACGAGCUGUUUACUGAUAACAAUGCCAGACACCUGCUAGUGUUAAGAAGGGGCAACUUCUACACAUUUGAUGUCCUGGAUCAAGAUGGCAACAUUCGACCUGCCGUUGAGAUCAUGGCCAAUUUGAAGUACAUCUUAGACGAGCCCUCCCCCCAGCCUGAGUUCCCACUGGGGGUACUGACCAGCGAGAACCGAGAUGUGUGGACCGCUGUCAGGUCGCAGCUGGUAGAUGCUGGCAACGAGGCCACGCUGAGGCAUCUGGACAGUGCUAUAUUUGCCCUGGUGCUGGACGAGGAAGCACCACAAGAUCCUGAUGGCGUGUCCCGCCUCUUCCUACACGGAGAUGGAAUCAACAGAUGGUUUGACAAGAGCUUCCAACUUAUACUCAACUCUGCGGGCACAGCGGCCGUCAACUUCGAGCAUGCGUGGGGUGAUGGGGUGGCAGUUCUGCGCUACUUCAAGGAGGUGUUCAAGGAUACCACGGAGAAAGCCCAAGUCGGUCCUGACACAAAGCCAGCUAACAUAGACUCCAGCAGUGACGUGAAGAAGCUGGAUUUCAAGCUUGACGCUGGCAUAAAGCAGGCCAUUAAAGACGCAAAAGAGAAGUUCGACAAGAGAACCAGCUCCCUUGACCUCCACCACCUUGAGUACAGGAGAUACAACAAGACGUUUGCCAAGCAGCACAAAGUUAGCCCUGAUGCCAUCAUGCAGCUAGCAAUACAGCUGGCGUACUACAGACAGAAUGGCAGCACCGUCGGUACCUACGAGUCCUGUAGCACUGCAGCCUUCAAGCAUGGCCGCACUGAAACCAUGAGGCCAUGCACCACCGCCACGCAGAACAUGUGCCAGAUGUUGUUUGAUUCGAAGGAGAUGCCGUCCGUCAGUGAUCUUCAGCAGGGCAUCCGAGAGUGUUCCACCGUGCACCAACAGCUCACUAAAGAAGCAGCAAUGGGACAGGGUUUUGACAGACACAUGUUUGCUAUGCGGACACUUGCCGAGUCUCACGGCAAAGUCCCAGACAUAUUCCAAGACCCAGCUUACAAGAAGAUCAACUAUAACAUCCUCUCCACGUCCACUCUGUCCGACCCAGCAGUCCUCAUCGGAGGCUUUGCUCCAGUAGUACCGGAUGGAUAUGGCAUAGGGUACUCAAUAGAGAACAACAGAAUAGGUUUCAACAUCACAAGUUAUCCCCCUCCGAGAGAUGUCCGAGACUUCAUCCAGUGCUGUAGCAAUAGUCUAGAUGACAUCUAUGAUAUACUAGAAGGCAACGCUCCAGCCAGGAAGACAUGAGACAGCCUUAGUCAGCUCUUGCAGUAUGUCAGUGAUGCAAUGUAACACGAGUGUGUCCAGAGUGUGAGAGUAUUCCGUGUGGCCUCAUACCAAUGCAUCAUCAGUACUACACAGGCUUGUGAACACAAUGCUGCACCAGGAUGGUUGGUUGGUUGGUUGUUUAACGCCGCACCCAGCAAUAUUCCAGCUAUAUGACGGCGGUCUGUAAAUAAUCGAGUUUGGACCAGACAAUCCAGUGAUUAAUAUCAUGAGCAUCGAUCCACACAAUUGGGACCGAUGACAUGCAUCAACCAAGUCAGCGAGCCUGACCAUGCGAUCCCGUUAGCCGCCUUUUACGACAAGCAUAGUCGCCUUUUACAGCAAGCAUGGGUUGCUGAAGACCUAUUCUACCCCGGAAUCUUCACGGGUCGCUCCAGGAUGAAAGUGGGUAGGUAGUGGAUACAAGCCUGUGAAGCUAUUGUUGAUGAUACUUGUGAUGGACACAAACAUUGAAGAUGCCACUAUUAAAGAGGACCAGUCAUACUAUGACUAUCAAUGGGUCCAGUUGAAAUAUAUGCUACUCAAAAAAUGGUUACGGAUCACCUGAUUCUUUCAUAUUACUAGAGUUAAUCUUUCAUGCCUUAGCUUUUCUUGAGUAGCAUAUGUCGAACUGUUUUUCCAAGAAAUUGUGAUUCAGUGAUGGUGCAGGUGACGUGAUUUUGUUUUGUGUGUGAAAACAUGUUAUCCAGAUUUAAGAAUUGUCUUUAUUAAUAAGGCACAUGUCUUUAUUUGUUUCAUUUGAGGGGAAUAUCAGCCAAGCUACAUGACCACAUUGACUGAUACACUGGUUAUAAUGCAGGGAAAGCUCCAUGUGUUUCUCUUUGAAUUGAUACUGUAAGGGACCGCACAUUUCUUAUUUGGGCAGAGGCUGGGAAUGUUUUGAUAAAAAAUUAAUUGUCCCCGAAAAAGCUUAAAACA